AUGCUCAGGGCGACACACAUUCGGUACCAAUCAAUCUCCAAAGCCGAGUCUCCUUCCAAAGGCUUUCUUUCCAUCGCCUCAAGGGAACUUGAUCUCUCGUUGUCUCUCUACGUACUGGCUCCACGCAGCACAUACACUAAUUCGCAUCAUAGCAACGCCGCUACUCGGCCAGCAUGCCCCAGACCAGAGAUCUUUAUCACAGGCGUGGCAUCACGCGGGGCAGGACUGGCUGUCUACGACGCCACAUCCUGGCGACAAACUCUUCCAGCAGUCGCGGAACAACCACACUCAGCCCGAGAAGACUGGAUCCCGGGUUCUCAUACAAGCAAUCCAACAAAACGACCACCUACAUAUACAGUGGGUCGGCUCCUUUGCGGCCUCUCUUCCAAGCCCAAGCUCCUACAGACCGAAGUGGGUUCGCACCUCUUCCAGCAUUUCCUGGAGCUAGUUGCCUUGAAGUUGUCCAGCCGCAACGAUCCUGAAAAUCCAUGGCUCACUCUUUUCGUCCCGCUAGCUAUGGCGGAUGACCUGAUUAUGUCAACGCUCUUGGCCCUGGGUGGUGCCAGUCUGUGCACUUAUUCCAGACACGCUCUUAAGCAGGCAUGCACCUUCUAUGCCGUCAUAUUGAGGAGUAUGAAACACAGGAUGACGGAACUCGUACAAGGCAAUUUUUCGCAUCUAGUGAACACCUUAGUAACAGCGAUAGCAUUGUCCAUAUUCGAGACUAUGAUUGGAGACUCCCGAGGUGUACUUCUGUACCACCUUCAGGCGUGCCGUGAACUUCUCCAACUAAGCCAUAGGAAGAGCAUUACCAUCGACCCGGCCGUGCUUGCAUUUAUUCUGGAAUUAUAUCUAUACACCUCUGCUGUAGGGACAACAUUCGUCUUCGACGACCGCCCGGCUAAGCUCACCUUUGACGCGGGGUACGACUGGUUACAAUCGCUGCGUUGUGGUUCAAGGGGGUACGGGUUUAUGGUAGGACACGCUGGCAAGCUCAUUCAGCUGCUUCCUCGCUUAGGGCAAACUGUUGGCCGUUGGAUCAGCCAGGACUGUGACCUCGAAUCCUCGAACACAGAUGAAGCAUUUCUCUCCUUUCAAACCGAACUCCGGAGCUGGGUGCCAUCUUACGACCAGGAUACCAAGAUACCUAACCUUUCUGACACAAUCUCCGACAGCCCUACUAGCUUUGCUUUAUACGGGUCGACAUGGUAG